CCUGCCUGGGCGGAGCCGGCGCGGGAUCCGGGUGGCUGCGGGCAGCGGCGGCUGUAGCUGCGGGGUCGGGGUCGCGGCGGAGGCUAGGCCUCAGCGAGUUCAGAGACGGAGACCCCGCGGGCAGCGACCCCCCACGCGAGGUGACCCCUUUGGAGGGAGCGCACCCCGCCCCGCGCCUCCGCGUCCCAGCAGGGUUCCAGGCUUCCCUCUAAGAGGCUCCCCACCAGGAUGGCAUCAGCUGGAGACCCCCCGACAGGCCCACGGGAUGCAGCAGACCAGAAUUUUGACUACAUGUUCAAGCUUCUGCUCAUUGGCAAUAGCAGUGUGGGCAAGACGUCCUUCCUGUUCCGCUACGCAGACGAUUCCUUCACACCCGCCUUCGUCAGCACAGUGGGCAUCGACUUCAAGGUCAAGACCGUCUACCGCCACGACAAGAGGAUCAAACUGCAGAUCUGGGACACAGCGGGCCAGGAGCGCUACCGCACGAUCACCACAGCCUACUAUCGAGGAGCCAUGGGCUUCCUGCUCAUGUAUGACGUUGCCAACCAGGAGUCCUUCACCGCCGUGCAGGAUUGGGCCACACAGAUCAAGACGUAUUCCUGGGACAAUGCUCAGGUCAUCCUCGUGGGGAACAAGUGUGACCUAGAGGAUGAGCGUGUUGUGCCUGCCGAGGACGGCCGAAGGCUCGCCGAGGACCUUGGUUUCGAGUUCUUCGAGGCGAGCGCCAAGGAGAACAUAAACGUGAAACAGGUCUUUGAGCGCCUGGUGGACGUCAUCUGCGAGAAGAUGAACGAGUCCCUGGAACCCAGCUCCAGUCCGGGCAGCAAUGGGAAAGGCCCAGCCUUGGGGGACACCCCACCUCCCCAGCCCAGUGGCUGCAGCUGCUAGAGACGAUCCCCAACCCCUGGCCACCCCUCCUGCCUUGGCAGGGACUGUGACUGAGGCAUGAGCCACAAGGGCUGUUUCCAAGCUCAGGGUGCCCCCUUCCCUUCCGUCAACUGUUAGCUGCCCCCCACUUCCGUGUGACUUGUUCUCUCGCCAUGGCCACCAGCCUGCCCAAGCAGCCCCUGUCACAGGCUCCAGACCCUGGGGACUCUGCAUUAGAGGCAGAGUCUGGGGAUGUUGACAUGCAUGAGCUUGCUGCUUUUCAGGCGUUUUAAUGGGGGGAGCAUGGAUAGCCUCUCCCACCCUGCCUGAUGGAGGGGCUUCCACAGUGCCUUCUGGGUUAGAGCCAUUGCCCACAUCCAUUCUGUUUUGGGCAUUGUCUGGAGUUCACAAUUUGGCCAAAACUGGUUUGUCUUCUUCCCCUUGCCAUGUGGGUUCUCAGAGUUCAUCCCUAGAUAUGGAAAGCAGCUCUUUGCUCAGGGUCCCCUGAUCUAGUCCUAAGCCCGCCCAUGAACCUCCUCAGACCUGAAGGCUCCAAGGCAAGGCGGUGACUGAUCCUGGUAGAACCCUCCCUUCUGGCUUGCAGAUCCUCCGCCUGUGAAAGCAGUAUUAAAGCAGCUUUUCUAGUUGUCAAGAGAUGGGGAGUCAGAGCCCCCCUGGCUUCAGGGACCCCAGAAGUGCCUUCUGAGUUUCCCCAGAAUUUAACAUCACCCAUGUCCCUGACACUGUUUUGGCUUAUCGUGGUGUACCUGAUCCGGGAUUGAAUCCUGGAACUAUGUACCGUGUCAGGCCAGGUGGAGAAUCACCCAGCCCCUGGCUUUCAUGCUCAGGGCUUUGUGCCAGGAGUUAACCUCCGAGCCGGGAGCCUUGACCCUCUUGCCCAGACCUGCCUCCCCAGGGCCCAUUUGACUCGUGAUGUUUUAAGCAAGGUCUUUCCACAUCUUUUACAUCCUGUUAGAAAAGGAAAUUGAGCAACGUUCCCAUAACCUGUGCUCCCUGUUGACUGUCUGGUACAAGGACUUGGGCUCCUCCCACUUGAGGACCAGUGAGGAUCCAGUGUCCAUUUCCUGAGCCAUGUCACUGGUGAGGCCCAGUGAUGGGAUGUUUUCUGCUAAUGGAAGACUCACUCUAAGGAAUGUUUUGGGUUUGGACUGGAGGGGCAAGAAGGUAGGGAUGUGUAACUGCUAUUGUCACUUGUACUUCACAAUAUAGCUUGGGAGUGGCAGGCUGAUGGAGGAUGGCCUGGGAUUAGUCUCCCUGGUUGAGGAUAGCGUCCCCAGUUGCUGGGCGCUUCUGCUGGCAGGUUAUGUGCAGUUUGGGGAUCUGCGUCUUCACCGCCCUCCUCCCAGCUCAGCAGUACUUCCUGCUCACCAAAGUCCAAACUCCAGUGGCAUGGCACCUCUUUCUGCUCUGGAACACUGAUUGACACCCCAUAACUUGACAGACACUGUGAGGAUGGCUGAGAGGAUGGUAUGUGUUCCCAAUUCCACUCCCAGCCCCUGCCAGCAAAAUGACCUCCUAUAGCCCUAAAGAUCUCAGCCUCCUUCGUUGGGGCAUGGGGAAGGUCUGCUUUAAGUUUAACAUAGCUUUUACUUUUAUAGAAGCUCUAGAUUGAAUUUAUUUCUAGAGGGCCCUGUUUACCCCAUACUAGGGUCUUCCCUGAGAGCUUCAAAGUGAGGAUAUCUUUGUGUAUGCCAACAAAUUAGGUGACUAUGGUGAAAUGGACAAGUUUUUGGAAACACACAAAAUGAGAGGAUCUGAAUAUUUGGGGCAGAAGUAAAAAAUGUUAGUUGCUUUAAUGUAAAAGUGAAGGUAAAUUAGCUAAAAAAGCCUUAAGAUGCACCAUGGGCUGUCUAGAUACUGUUGGCCAGUCCAUUUUCCCUAAGCUAUUGCCAGAAAAAAAUGAUGGGUCAGAGAGCCAUUGCCUGAGGGAUGAGGUGAUUGUCACCACCCAUGUGAUAAAACCAGCUUUGGCUGUAACUUGGACCUGACCGGGCCUAAGCUUUCUGUUUACACAACGUUUUUAACAGUUCAGCUUCAAGUAGCAACUGAGAGAGCUGCCUCAGGUUCUUUCAAGACUGGGAAUCAGGUAGAAUUUUUUUGUUCUAAACAAUAAUGCAAGUUUUUAUUUUAUGUCUGGGGGGGGAGGUUUAACUCAAGAUGGUCUCGGGAACAGAAACUGAUGUCCUCACAGAUCACUGUGGGAGUUGGAGGUUCACUGAGUUUACAAACAAAAAUUAAACCAAAGGCUCUGCGAGGCUGGGGUCUGGAGCUGUUGCCUGAGGCUGGGUCCUGCAUCCAUGCUGUCCCUUCUUAACAUUUGCUUUUAGCAACUUGUCUUUCCACAGGUGGCUUGGUGGGAAAUUGCCAUGGCUGCUGUGGUUUGGGGUUCUGCUUUUUUUCUUUUUGUGGCUUCUCUGGAGAUCAUGUUCUUGUAUCUGCCUCUCCCUCUUGACUUAGAAAAACAAAUAAUAGGUGAAAUUUGGUCUUAGAGUUGAAGUGCUAAUUCUGCUAAAUGGCUUCUCCCCGGCGAUCCCGAAACACUACGGAGUGAGCUCUGGACCUGCUGCUCAUUUCUAUGCUGAAUGUGGUUCUCCUGCGUAAGCAAUUCUUUGAUGUCCACCUGGAAAGACGUGCACUUUUCUCCACAAGAGAAAAAAAUUAAAGCUGUUGUACCCAGA